AUGUUAGUUUUAGCGUGGAAAUUGGAGGCUGAAAGCAUGGGAUUUUUUACCAAGGAAGAAUGGUUAAAGGGGAUGACUUCAUUACAGUGUGACUGCACAGAAAAGUUACAGAACAAAUUUGACUUUUUGCACUCACAGUUAAAUAUUUCUUCGUUUAAGAAUAUCUACAGAUAUGCCUUUGAUUUUGCAAGGGAUGAAGAUCAGAGAAGCCUUGAUAUUGAUACUGCUACGUCUAUGCUAGCUCUUCUGCUUGGAAGGACAUGGCCAUUGUUUUCAGUAUUUUACCAGUACUUGGAGCAAUCAAAGUAUCGUGUUAUGAACAAAGAUCAGUGGUACAAUGUAUUAGAAUUCAGCAGAACUGUCCAUGCCGACCUUAGUAACUAUGAUGAAGAUGGUGCUUGGCCUGUUCUUCUCGAUGAAUUUGUUGAGUGGCAAAAAAAUCCGUCAAACAUCAUAGCAAGAACUAAAUGUGAAGAAAAUGCAAACCUUUUUGCACUCACGUGGAUACAGGCUAAGGAGACAAAAAAAUCCAAAGGGUGCAUUUUCAUUCAUAUGAAAGACUUCACAUAGUACUUUUUUUUUUCCUUUUUUUUAAAGGAAGUUUUCUUGUUACAUGUGAUGGGCAUUGAGCCACACCUCUUCUGAGACUGAAUAUUGAAGCUUUUGUUUUGAGUUAUGUUUAUAACAUUUCUUUCAGAACAAUAAAGAUUCAGAUUUGUGA